AUGAGGAAGGCAAAAAGAAACCUAAGAGAGAGGAAAAAUGGACCAAGACUGAGAGACAAUGGUCUAAAAACAAGUAUCAACAGUAUGACAGAGUCAGUGGGAGAAAUAUGGGGUCCCAGCCAGGCGGAGCAGGUCCCAGACCAGUUGACUGGGACUGGUUGUGCUACAGAGGAGGUGGAAGAGGAGGGCUCUGGGUGGAGACGAGUGAAGUUCCCAUGCCCUGGAGGCCUCUGGGGAGUUGUGGUGGCAGAUGUGACGUCUGGGCCGAGCCUCCCUCUGUUCCUUCAUCUCUGCUCCAUGUCCUUUCCUCCCUGGUCUCAUGGCUUCCUCUCUGUGCUCAUCUGCCGCUUCAAAUCUAUCACUCUGCCUCUACUUCUCCACAACAGACAAAAACACAACAGACCCCAAGCUGACAGACCCAAUCUUUUCUGA